AUGAACCAACCGCCAUCAGGAGCCGAUUGGGUUGGCUCAUCCGUGGCCUCUGCUCAACUGGAAGACAUCGCUUACGAAUUACGCCGUUUCUGUGAUACAGAAAAUUUUGGAACGGAAUCUACGUUGGUGGCCAUGUCUGCAGACGACCGACAAGCUAUCAGCAUUUUGGAGACCGGUACGAAGAAGCUGGAUCUCGGUUAUGAAGUACCUAUUACCUGGAAAUCCGGGGAGCCGAGUCUAGUGUGCAAUCGACAAAUGGCUCAACAGCGUUUUGGCGGAUUGCUCAGGCGUUUCAGCAGAGACGCCGGAUUUGAAGCCGACUAUCGUGCUGCGGUGCAAAAGACCAUCGACAAGGGUUACGCAACCAUCCUAUCCGAAGAAGAAUCCCUUUCGGCGAAAUACUUCCUAGCUCAUCAUGGCGUAUACAAAGGACCGAAGCUCAGAGUGGUCUUCGAUGCUGCAGCCCCAUUCCAGGGGAAAUGUUUGAAUGAUGCCAUUUUAAGCGGUCCAGCUCUUCAACCUUCUCUUCCGUCAGUAUUGAUUCAAUUCAGAGAAGGAGCAGUUGCCUGGGCCUCAGAUGUGGAAGCUAUGUUUAGCCGGUUUAGGCUUAAUCCCUCGGAUGCCAAAUAUUUUUGCUUUUUGUGGCAGGAUCUUUCUGCUAAUGUGGUAGUGUGUCGGAUGGAUCGUUUACCUUUCGGUGCCACAUGUUCUCCUUUCAUUGCUAUUCACACCACACGUCGAGCAGUUUCGGAUGCAGAUGUUGGUGAAGAAGCUGUCAACGCGGUGAAGAAGAAAAUGUACGUUGAUGACUACCUAGGGUCCGCCAGAAACGUCGAAGAAGGAUCGAAGGAAGCGUCGAUCGUCAGAAAAGCAUUAGCUGACGCUGAUUUACAUUUCCCAGUUUGGAUUUCUAAUUCCGAAGAAUUUGUUCGAGUGAUGCAAGGCGAAAAGAAUACCACUUCAUCUGACGUUCCUUUAAUCGACGAUGGCAACAAGAAGGUGCUGGGCGUGGUGUGGAAUACCCGCGAUGACACGCUUGGUUUUCGAGUCGUCAGCAUGAUGGAAGAAGAGUAUACGCGUGUCAGCCUCACCAGCAAAGUGGCCACCGUUUUCGAUCCGCUUGGACUAGCUGCACCACUCAUCGUCAAGGCCAAGAUCCGUCUUAGAGAAUUGGGCGUGAAGGGAUUGAGAUGGUCCGAUCCAGCGGAUGAAACUGAUCGCGUUUGGUGGGAAUCCUGGUUUGCAAUCAUGCGUGAACUGAGUCACCUGCACGUGUUUGGAGAUGCUUCGGAAGAGGCGUAUGCAGCUGUUGUGUAUAUCCGCAACACCUACAGUUCCGGUCAAGUUAUCAUCCGACUUGUUAAAGCUAGUAGCAAACUGGCGCCUAAGAAGACUAUAUCCGUGCCAAAAUUGGAACUGAACGCUGCUCUACUUUCUUCUCGCGUUGCUGCCGCUAUCCAGAACUGUAUUACUCAUCCUAUUCAUCAGAGAUUCUUCUGGACGGACAGCAGCACUGUGCGUAAUUGGAUACGUGCAACGGCGUCAUUUUAUCAGGUCUUCGUGUCCAACCGGAUCGGAGAAAUCCAAACUUUGACUGAAACAGAAGAGUGGCGGUUUGUUCCCGGAAAAUUGAAUCCUGCUGAUGCUGCUACUCGGUCUACCAUUGGAGAAGAAGUUUGGCCCAAGAUCUGGGUAGAUGGUCCAGAAUUUCUCCUCAAACCCGAUUCUGAUUGGCCGACCGAUCUACCUUGGUUGGCUGCCACAGCGGAACUGAAACACACGAAGCAAUAUCACGUUCACGCCAUCGCGGAUCCGUUUGAUUGGUCAGACUUCCACCUGGAUCAGACUAACCUUUCCUCUUUUCUUAAAUUAGAUGACAGUGCUCUCAAAUUCGUAAAGCAGUGUCAAAUGGAAGCCUUUGCCGACGACAUCUAUCGACUCAAAUCGGGAAAAGCACUACGUCCCUCUUCUCAUCUGCUAGCUCUGAGUCCAACCUUGGGAGAAGAUGGAUUAUUACGCUUAGGAGGUCGAAUUGGACGAGCGAAGUUGCCCUAUGAUGCUCUUCAUCCACCUCUGCUACCGAACAAACAUCUGUUGACAGAGAGAUUCGUCAGAGUUCUACACGACCAGAUGCAUCACGCUGGAACGGAUUAUUUGCUUUCUAAACUCUGCCAACAUUUCUGGAUUAUUCGAGGAAGAGAAUUAGUCAAGAAGACUCGUCGACUCUGUCUCAAAUGCAUCAAGGAGAGAGCUGCUCCCGCUGCUCAGAUGAUGAGUGACCUUCCAGCCGAACGUCUGAAUUCUUAUUCUCCACCCUUCACCCAUGUAGCAACAGAUUAUUUUGGACCUAUCGAAACCAGUGCGGGUCGUAAUAGAGUUGUGAAACGUUACGGAGCUUUAUUCACCUGCCUGGUAACCAGGGCGGUUCAUUUGGAGUUGGCGGAAUCUCUUUCAGCCGAAGAUUUUCUGUUAGUCUUUCGGAGAUUCAUCGGACUUUACGGAAAACCAGCAUCAGUCCAUUCGGAUAACGGAACCAACUUCGUAGGAGCAGAACGCGAAUUGAACGAGUUGAUCCUAGUGCUGAACGAUGACCCGAAGCUUGUGAAAUUUCGAACAGAAAAACUCAUCGAUUGGCAUUUCCAGCCACCACGAGCACCGCAUUUUGGCGGAGCUCACGAAAGCCUGGUACGCUCUACCAAGAGAGCUCUGUAUCGAGCUCUGGAUUUGGAAAAGGCUGGACUUCGCUACCCAGCCGAUGAGAUGAUGCGGACUUUGUUAUCAGAGAUCGCAGGCUUCCUGAAUGCACGUCCUUUAACUUACGCGAGCUCUGAUCCGGAAGACUUCCGGCCAUUGACACCAAACGACUUCCUCAAUCGACCGCCAACAGCUGAUCUGUUACCAGGAUCGUUUGAUAAUGCUCUACCGAGAGAGCGAUUUCGCUACGUCCAGCGAAUGGCCCAGCUAUUUUGGGAUUUGUGGACGAAGUUGUACCUGCCAUCCCUCAUUCCGCGAAAGAAAUGGCGAUCCGCUCAGCAAAAUCUCUCUGUAGGCGACGUUGUUAUGAUGCUGGAUCCCAAUCAACCACGCGGACAGUGGAAAAUUGGGCACGUGAGCCAAGUCCACCCUGGAGACGACGGCCUCGUUCGAGUCGUCAAGGUUCAAACUGAAGAUGGAGUUUAUUCAAGAGCAAUCCAUCGUUUGUGUCUACUAGAGCGAGCUCCUAUCUCCGAUGCCGAGUCCAAAGAAAUUCCGAUCAAGGCUAAAGUCACCUCUCUUCAAACAAUUCAUUGUCUUUAUUUAAAACGUAUGUUUUCCACCUUAUAA